CGUCAAGUGCGGUGCAGCCUACGUGACGUCAGCUCAGCUGUCGUAUAGAGUCAUUUCCCGUUUUCUUUCUUAUCUCUUGUUUUUAUAAAUUGCUCUCAGGCCGCAAUUAACCACAAGUCAGCAAUGUUACAACGAUAAGCGUUCGCAGUGUUAUUAUCGGGUAGUCAGUGUUUUUGUCGGGAAUAUCCCUUCAGACCGCUCUCGGUGCAAACAUGGUUACCUGUUCCAAUACUUUCGUAUUGGUUUUAUUUUCUGUAUUAAUUAGUGAAUGUGUGCCGCGUUCUAUAGAAGAAGAAGAUGAAUCAUUUCUAAGUGUACCUAAAUAUACAAAGUAUGAUGAUUUAGUAAAAUUGUUUGCGGAUCUGGAAAAAACACACCCGGAUCUGGCUAAAGUUUAUUCUAUUGGGAAGUCGGUGGAGGGACGUGAAUUGUUAGUUAUCCAGAUAUCUGAGGAUGUGAAGAAGGCUCACGCUGGCCGGCCAGCGUUCAAGUAUGUUGCGAACAUGCAUGGGGACGAGGCAGUCGGCCGGGAGCUGGUGGUGUCCUUGGCCAAGUACCUGAUACUCAACUACGGCAAGAAUGAUCGGGUCACGAAGCUGGUGAAUAAUACGGAGAUCCAUUUGAUGCCGUCGCUCAACCCUGAUGGAUUUGAGAGCAGUGUUGAAGGCACCUGCGACUCCGCCGGCAACGGCCCCGGCCGCCACAACGCCCACGGCGUCGACCUCAACCGCGACUUCCCCGACCAGUUCGACCGCCACCGCUCCGAGGACGAAGCUUAUCUGUUCGGGAACCGGCAGCCCGAGACUGUAGCGCUCAUGAAAUGGGUCAUGGGCAAGCAGUUUGUGCUGUCCGGGAAUCUGCAUGGAGGCACGGUGGUCGCUAGCUAUCCUUAUGACGACUUGAGGUCAGGCAAAGACUGUUGCGAGGAAAGCCAGUCGCCAGACGAUGCGCUUUUCAAGCAUCUUGCUUUGGUAUACGCGUCGAAGAACGAAGUGAUGCACCAAGGCGACACAUGCCCGCCUGAGAAAUUCAAGGACGGCAUCACUAAUGGUGCCGAUUGGUAUUCUGUUAAAGGUGGGAUGCAAGACUUCAACUACCUCCACUCCAACUGUUUCGAAGUGACCUUCGAGCUCUCAUGCUGCAAAUAUCCAGCUGCCGCUGAGCUGCCUCGCUUCUGGAGAUUAAACAAGGAUGCCAUGCUGUCUUUCAUUGAGCAGACUCAUACGGGAGUCAAGGGAUUCGUGGUGGAUGAAGACGGUGAACCUAUUAAGAACGCGUUCAUCAAGGUGGAAGGCGUGCCCCACUUCGUGAAGACGACGGAACAGGGGGAGUUCUGGAGAUUACUGCUGCCGGGACAGUACAACAUCACCGCUUUGGCUCAAGGUUUCGAAUCCCCAACCCCGACCACCGUAACAGUGCCCACUAAUCAGACCGAAGCCGUACCGCUGAAGCUGGUGGUCCGCCGCCGCGCCGUCGGGAGCGUAAAGUUACAAAACUUAGAAGUCCCUGAAGUAGUCAACACUGAAGAAAACCCGGAGCAAAACCAACACCGUCGUGACGUGCCCAAUCUGCCUGCAGCGGAUUUCACCCACCACAACUACCUGAAGAUGGAGAGCUUCCUCAAGGACCUGGCGGCUUUGUAUCCGAAGAUCACCAAGCUUAGCAGUAUUGGGAAGAGUGUGGAAGGGAGAGAGCUGUAUGUGCUGGAGGUGACGAGAGAUCCUGGGAGACAUAUACCUGGCAAACCGGAAUUCAAAUACGUAGCCAACAUGCACGGGAACGAAGUGGUCGGUCGCGAGCUGCUCCUACUACUGGCCAAAUACCUGUGCCAAGAAUACACCAGCGGAAACGAGCGCAUACAGAAGAUGCUGAACAACACCAGGAUACAUCUCAUGCCGAGUAUGAACCCGGACGGGUAUGAGAAGAGUACCGUAGGUGACUACAAGAGCACGCACGGCCGCGAGAACGCGCACAAUGUCGAUCUGAACAGGAACUUCCCCGAUCAGUUCGGUGAAACCCCAGACAACCAAGUAGCAGAGCCAGAGACCAGAGCAGUAAUGGACUGGUCUCUCUCCAUCCCUUUCGUAUUAUCAGCCAACCUACACGGCGGUUCCCUGGUUGCCAACUAUCCCUACGACGGCAACCCAGCCAUGCACAGCGGGGACGAAUAUUUGGCACCCGAUCAUGCUGUGUUUUUGCACCUGGCGCAUACUUAUUCUGACACUCAUUUGAAAAUGCACUUGGGACAACCCUGCAGGAGUUACCCUGAGCGGUUCCCUGAGGGCAUCACCAAUGGUGCUAAAUGGUAUGUGCUAGCCGGCGGCAUGCAAGACUGGAACUACCUACACACCAACGACAUGGAAAUCACACUGGAGCUCGGCUGUUUCAAGUUCCCCCCCGCUUCCGACCUGCCUACCUACUGGGCGGACAAUCGCGAGGCAUUACUGGCCUACAUUGAAGAGGUCCACAAGGGCAUCCACGGCUUCGUCCACAGCCAUAUAGGCGGGCACCUGUCCAACGCGACCGUGUCCGUGUCCGGCGUCCGGCACAACGUGCGCACGGCGCGCGACGGCGACUACUGGCGGCUGCUCGUGCCUGGCCGCUAUAAUGUCACUGCUAGCAAGCACGGCUACGAGAGCGUGACAGAAGAGGUGGUAGUACCAGAAUCCGGCUCGGUCAGCGUCAACUUCACCCUAAUGCCCGACGACCCACAACACUGGUCCUCGGCCUACGACUUCCGCGUGCUAGACAAUAUAAUGCACACGCGUUACCACUCCACCCUCGAGCUGUACGCGGAGCUGGCGGAGCUGGAGAACAAGUUCCCGGCCAUCGCGGAGUUCCGGUCCGGAGACAGCCUGCUCACCGCCUCGCUGCACCAGCUCAAGGUGACCGACAAGGUCGGCUCCCCCGAAGAGACCAAGCUCCACAUGGCCAUAAUCAGCAACCUUUACGCCUCCCACGCCGUCGGACAAGAAAUGCUCCUCAACUUCGCCCGCCACAUAGCAACUGCGUAUUCACUAGGCGAACCGAGGCAUAAAAGUCUGCUCGAGAACGCUGUGCUCCACUUCAUACCUAACCUGGAUCCGUUGUAUGAGAAAAUACUGCACGGAUUUAGCGGGGAACAAUGCCAGUUAUCGCCCCUAGAAGAAGAGUUCGGCGAUAGUCUGUACCACUACAUCACCAAAACCAAUCUAAGUCCACUGACCAACUAUACACGGGAGAAGGCCUUCGUUGAUCUCCUCAAGGCUGAGAAAUAUGACAUCGUGUUGGACCUGUCUUCAGGCACGGAAGAUGUAGCCUACCCAGACCUGUCCCGGCGUCUCUUCGAGCAGUUCGCACAGAAAUACCAGGACAAUAGGACACCCAUGGAUAAAUACGAGUGCCGCAGCGCCCCCUCCAACCACGGGAACUUACUCGAUGUGUUAUGCGAGAGGUACAAUACGCCGGUGGUAUCGCUGGGGCUGAGCUGCUGCAAGAUGCCGAGCGAGAGCGACAUAGCCUACGUGUGGAAGAGCAACUUGCGCGGGAUCAUGAAAUUCGUCGAGCUGGCUAACACUGGUAUCCAGGGGUACAUAAAGAGUGAAGAUGGCGGUCCGGUGCGUGACGCGACCGUCGCCGUGACCGGUCUCUCCCGUCCCUACCGCGCCAGCCGCAACGCUGCCCACUACCGGGCCUCACUCCCGCCCGGCGAAUACCAGGCCGUUGUCUCUGCUAAAGGAUACGUUGAUCAGGCAUUGACAUGGCGAAUCAUAGAAGGGGAGGUGAAACAGAGAGACAUCAUACUGCGCCGUGCCAACACCGAGAUACCGGGAGGCACUUACGACGACAAGGACCUGUACAAUGACCCCAACAUGGUCUAUAUUUCAGGUCUAGCCCUCGACCACAACAGCGUACCGCUAAACACAGCCAAGCUACUAGUCUAUCCGCUCGGCACGAAAAAGCUGGUCGACCCAGUAGCUACAAACACUAGUGACGCCAAUGGUCGCUUCGUGGUCAGCCUACCGGUCACGUACAUGGGCAGAGAGGUGCUUAUGACCGCCGAGAAGGACGGAUAUAUCUCUAGACAGAGACACGUCAUGAUAAACAAGAAUGAGAACAUGACACGGAAAGUGCUUUUCAAGUUGGAAUCCGACGACAAAGUCCUCGGGAUGUCUCGGCUCGUCUUCGUCAUGGUUGCCGGCGUAGUCGGCGUGGCCCUGGUGACGCUGGCCGCCUGGUGCUUCAGCUGCCGUCGAACCCGCGACCCGCGCCGCGACUACAUGUUCACACAACUAGCUAGUGACGAGAAGAGACCCUUUACUGAUGACGGGAAAUAUGAAAUAGUGUCCAAGCCGUACUACGACGUGGAAGAGCUACCGCCUUCAGAGACAGAUUCCGAAGAGGAGAUCGUUUUGCUGCGGAACGACCGCGACUGGAAACCAGUAGAGAACCUGAUCGAUUAAGGAAAUGCUGUCUUGUUAGCAGGGGUUAGGGUCCAUUUUACAUCGUAUCAUGUAACUUAAGAUAUUAGAAACCAGGCCGCGUAGCCAAGAUGCCAAUCGCUUACGCUCCGUAGCGAACGAAACGCAACUAUCAUUGUCACACUAAUAUGGAAGAGUGACAGAGAGACAAAGCGAUUCGAUAGCGUAGCGCAAGCGAUUGUCACUAGGCCACUAGGCUAGGCCGCCAGUCAAGAACCUCAUAGACUAAAAGCUGUCUUGUUAGGGUCCAUUUUACACCGUAUCAUGUUACAUAAGACAUUUUAAACUCGUCGAGAACCUCAUUGACUAAGGAAUUGCUGUCUUAUUAGCACGGGUUAGAGUUCAUUUUACGUCGUAUCAUGUAACAUAAGAUAUUAGAAACCAGUCAAGAACCUCAUUGACUAAAAGCUGUCUUAUUAAUAGGGGUUAGGGUCCAUUUUACAUCGUUUCAUGGAACAAGACAUUUUAAACCCGUAGAUAACCUCAUCGACUAAGGAAAUAGUGUCUUGUUAGCACGGGUUAGAGUCCAUUUUACGUCGUAUCAUGUAACUUAAGAUAUUAGAAGCCAGUCAAGAACCUCAUUGACUAAAAGCUGUCUUAUUAAUUGGGGUUAGGGUCCAUUUUACAUCGUUUCAUGGACCAAGACAUUUUAAACCCGUAGAUAACCUCAUCGACUAAGGAAAUAGUGUCUUGUUAGCACGGGUUAGAGUCCAUUUUACGUCGUAUCAUGUAACAUAAGAUAUUAGAAACCAGUCAAAAACGUCAUCGACUAAAAGCUGUCUUAUUAAUUGGGGUUAGGGUCUAUUUUACAUCGUAUCAUGUUACAUAAGACUUUUUAAACAAGUCGAGAACCUCACUGACUAAAGAAAGUGUCUUGUUAGCGUGCUAACCCGUGGGUUAGGGUAUAUUUUACAUCGUACCAUGUAACUUAACACGUUAGAAACUUGUAGGGAACCUCAUUAUCUUGUUUUUAGGGAUUAGGGCUCAUUUUGCGUCGGAUGAUACAAGUAACGUGAUAUAUUGCUUUAAGGUUAAAAUGGAGAAACACGUACAUUAAAAUUAAAUCUUGUUUAUUAAAAUUACAUAUUUCAGCAAUAAAUUACAUCGAAUAUUAUUUUAACUUAACACGUCAAGACAUCUGCUAGUAAUGGCUCAUAAAAUACGGUUAGCCAAGUAAAAUACUACCUAAUUAGUAGUUGUUAAGGUCCAUUUUACAUCACAUGCCAAUCCACAUGUAAUAUAAUAUGGCAAUAAACAGAAGAAACCGGGUGUAGAAAAUAUGUUUACAGUACAUAUGGUGCUACUUUACUGCCCUAGGGCGGGAUUAAGGACAAUACGCGCCUAUGUCAAAAUUUUAAAGGGCCAUAUACUGUAAAACGUUGUACAAUACACGUGCGAAAAGGUAAUUCGCAACUCGUGUCGAUUUAAAACCCUCCCUUAGGUAGUGUUUUAAUUUAUCGCCACCCGAUGCGAAUUUCGUAUUUUUCGCACUUGUAUCGUAUCGUAAUGUACUAUUAUUUUAAUGGACAUAAAGUUUAAGAUUUCAUUUAACUACUGUCACCUUCAGAAUGUAGUAUAUGAAAUUCGUCGAUUACCCUGACUAGGCAAUGUGAAUAAUAGUUAAAAAUUAAUUUUAAAUAAAGUUUUCAUUGAUUAUUUUUAACUGAUCAUGAUAUAUGUAUAUUUAAAGAUAUAUAUUUCCGUACACGGCGGGAAGAAGUUGAUAUCUCUCGAAAAUCUCUCUCUCGAAAAAAAUUGAAGAAAUUUGAACCUUAUGCAAUUUACUUUUAAGUUUAAAUUUCUUCGGUAGAAUAUCUCGAGUUAUCAAGUUCUACCCGCCGUGUACGGAUUUAUUUCAUUUACUAUCGAUUUUCGUAGCAGUAUUAAGAAUAAUAAGAUUUAAAACUUUAUAAAUUUUUGAUGUUGACUUUUUUUAUAUGAAAUCGGUAUUUUAUGUUAAAAGAAGAUUUAUUAUUAUUCGUAUUUCUUAUUUGAUGUGUUCUAUUUACUAUAAAACUAACUUUUAUUCCAAAUCUAAUGCAUUUUAUAUUGUAAAUUAACAUUAUACAUAUAACGCAAAUUUAAUAAAAUGACUAACGAAUUAUUUGACGAUUCUGUCAUUUUGCCUGAAUACUUUCUAUGUAAACAUUCUAUUGUGCAUUUAUUUUUAACAAGUUUAGCGAAAAUUAUUGUUCCUAACUUAAGUAUAUUGUUUAUAAUUUAUAAUAUUAUAAUGAAUGAUGUAGGGAUCAGUUUUGAAUGAUUCAAAACGCGAAAUGAAUCAGUUUUAAAUGAUUAAUUUUUUGAGAUAGAAAUCAAAAUACCUACCUGUAGGGAAUUCAUAUCCGAAGUUGAUAUUAAGUGCCUUAAAAUGAAGUUCGAUUAUAAUAUUUAUAAACCGUAUUGAUACACCAUCUAUUUUAAAUAAUUAUACAUUUGUAUCAUUAUAUUUGAAAUAUCUAUCGAUAUAUUUAUACUUGCUAUAACAACGUUUAAACAGUCUUACUCAAUGACUAAGUUAAUAUAAUUACGAAUUUACUGAAGAAUCUCCAAGUUUUAUUAUAUUGUAGAAAAAUAAAAUGUUUGUAAAUCGGUAAAGUAGUAGCCUUGAUGUGGAGACUAAAGAAAUUAAUGGAAUAAAAAUGUACACUAUAUUAUGAAAAUUCUACAUAUAUUUUUUGGUGCUCUAUACAUGUAUUUUUGAUAUCUAAAAUUUUAUAAAAUAUAUUGUGAUUAAUCAUAAGUUUUAUUUUAUAAGAAAUAUAAUGGUUAUAUUAAAAAUGUGACCAAAAGAA